CGCCGCGGUGUCUCCAUGGGGACGCGGGCGGGCGCGCCGGAAGCGGCGGCGCUGGGUGCGGAGGGCGGCCCGUGCGCUCCCUCCGCCCGCGGGCCCCGCCGGACCAUGGAGCCGGGCCGGGCCGCCUGCCUGCUGCUCCUGCUGCUGCUGCCCGCGCUGGCAGCGGCCGCGCCGGGAGAAUUCGACCCGUACCGCGUGCUGGGGGUCGGCCGGAGCUCCAGCCAGGCCGACAUCAAGAAGGCCUACAAGCGGCUCGCCCGGGAAUGGCACCCUGACAAAAACAAGGACCCAGGAGCAGAGGACAAGUUCAUCCAGAUUAGCAAGGCCUAUGAGAUUCUCUCCAACGAGGAAAAGAGGGCAAACUUUGAUCGCUACGGAGAUGCUGGGGAGAGCCAGGGCUUCUCUCAGCAGCAGCAUCGGCAGUUCCACCGUUUCCACGACGGCUUCUAUUUCGACGAGUCCUUCUUCCAUUUCCCUUUCAAUUCCGAGAGGCGCGACACCUCCGAUGAGAAGUAUUUGCUCCACUUUUCCCACUACAUCAAUGAAAUCGUGCCGGAUAGUUUCAAGAAACCUUACCUCAUUAAAAUCACCUCAGACUGGUGCUUCAGCUGCAUCCACAUCGAGCCCGUGUGGAAGGAAGUUGCUCAGGAAUUGGAGGCGCUGGGAGCAGGAAUCGGCGUCGUUCACGCGGGCUACGAACGGCGCCUCGCCCAUCAUCUGGGUGCCCACAGCACCCCGACCCUGCUGGGGCUCAUUAAUGGGAAAAUCACCUUCUUCCACAACGCUGUCGUUCGGGAGAACCUGCGCCAGUUCGUGGAGAACCUUCUCCCAGGGAAUCUUGUUGAAAAGAUUACAGAUAAAAACUACAUCCGCUUUCUGUCUGACUGGAGGAAGGACAACAAGCCCCACGUGCUGCUGUUUGAUCACAUGCCAGUUGUGCCGUUGUUGUACAAGCUGACGGCCUUUGCCUACCGGGAUCACCUGUCCUUUGGCUACGUGUACGUGGGGCUGCGGGGCACCGAGGAGUUGUCCAGCCAGUACAACAUCAACGUCUACACUCCCACCAUGAUGGUGUUCAAGGAGCACAUCGACCGGCCCGCCGACGUCGUGCAGGCACGAGAAAUGAAGAAGCAGCUCAUUGAUGACUUCCUUUCCCAGAAUAAGUUCCUCAUGGUGGCCAGGCUCACCAGCCAGAGGCUGUUCCAGGAGCUGUGUCCUGUGAAGAAGUCUCACCGUCAGCGGAAGCACUGCGUGGUCUUGCUUACCGGGGAAGGAGAGAAGUUUGCUGAGGCUUAUGAGGCCUUUUUGACUUUUGCUGUGGCCAACACAAAAGACACGCUGAAGUUUGUGCACAUCUACAGCGAUCGGCAGCCGGAAUUUGCAGACGCCUUGCUGAUGGACGACGAGAAGUAUCAUGGAAAAUCAGCUGUGGUCAUUCUGGAGAGACGCAAUAAUGCAGGGAAGAUCGCCUAUAAAGCCUUGGAGGAGGCCUGGCAAGGCAGCAAAGAGGACAACUUCAUCCUCCUGGAUCUCCUGGACCAGCUGAGGACAGACCCCGGCCUCCUCUCCUCAGAGACCGUUGUGGCAGACCUGAAUGACGAGCUCGCUCCUAUGUUCCUUAUCCGAUGGUUCUACUCCACACUGGACUACAUCUCAGACUGCUGGGACAGUUUGUUUCACAGCAACUGGCGAGAAAUGAUGCCACUCCUGUCCUUGCUCUUCUCCGCGCUCUUCAUUCUCUUUGGCACCGUUAUUGUUCAGGCUUUCAGUGAUUCGAGUGACACAAGGGACGCUCCACCCUCGGGGAAAGAAGAAACAACUGCAAAGACGGAGAAGAACGACGCGAGCUUCAGCAAAGAGAGUAACAGCAGGAUUCCCAAAAAGGGCUUUGUUGAGGUGACUGAGCUGACAGACAUCAACUACACCAGCAACUUGGUGCGCCUGAGGCCAGGGCACAUGAACGUCGUCUUGAUCCUGUCCAACUCCACUAAAACCCCCCUGCUCCAGAAGUUUGCCUUGGAAGUCUACACGUUCACAGGGAGCAGCUCUCUUCACUUCUCCUUCCUCAGCCUGGACAAGCACCGAGAGUGGUUGGAGUAUCUGCUGGAGUUUGCACAGGAUGCAGCCCCCAUCCCAAACCAGUAUGACAAGCAUUUCCUCGAGCGUGACUACACAGGCUAUGUCCUGGCUCUGAACGGCCACAAGAAAUACUUCUGCCUCUUUAAGCCUCACAGAUCAGGGGAUGAGGGGGGAACCCUGGGAUCGUGCGAGGAUUACAAUGCUUUACAACAUGUGGAAGCCAGAGGGAAAUCCUCCUGCAGCCCGGGAUCUAGAUCCAUUAAAAACAAAUUACACAAAUUGUCCUUCUGGAUGGAACGCCUUCUAGAGGGUUCCUUACAGAGGUUCUAUAUCCCCUCCUGGCCCACACUAGACUGAGGGAUUUUACAGAGAUUCUAAGGGGACAAACUUUUUAUGAAGAUGACAAGGGACAGCUCUUUCCAGGAAUACUCAAACAAGCGUGAUGAAUGGACCUUAGGUUUUAGAUGAACUCUCCUGGAGCCGGCAACCAGAACGCACCUCCCGCGUCCGGAGCGCAACCGAGCGCAUCCGUGCGCCCUCCACCGCCCCGCCGUGCGUUCAGACGCCGUACAACAGAAGAGCCAAGAAAUCUGUCUUGCCCCUCUCGUCCUGCCACAUCUGCUUCCCGAGUCUCCCCCAUCCUACCUCUUGUUUUACCUCGGUUGAAGAAAUCCGUGACUCCCCAGGCGCGGUCAGUGACGUGGGCUGGGUCGCGGUUCUCCCUCCCCGUCCCCGUGUGCUUAGCCCAUGGUGCAUGGUGUAACUCUGGCAAGACCCUGCAGACUCUCCAGGCCCUGCCCUUGUGAAAGGCCUCCUCCCGCCAGGCAGUCGUACUCUCUCGGCUUUCCCCAUGGUAAGUGAUGCAGAAUCUGGCCAGGAGCAUCUCCCUCGUAGCAAACCUUAGCUGGGACUCCCCUGUGGUGCGGGCUCGUGGGCGAUCUGCAUGUUUCAUGCUCCUGUGUCAUGGUUCCACCUGCAGCUUCACUGGCUGAACCAUAACAGGGAGGGAAAGGGCAAGGCCGUAAAAUACUGUCAAAGUGUUGAGCCAUUUAAAUGUCACGUCGAUUUUUCAGAUGCCUUUUCUGCUUCUGUUGAUUUUAGAUGAUGUAUCCUAGAGCCAUAACUUUACCUGCGUCCUCAGAUUGUAGGCGUGAGCUGCUAUGAGCCAGUAGAUGUGUAAAAAAAUCUACGUAGCUGCCAGGGAGUCACCUGGGCUCCUUGCAAACACUUUUCCAGCUGUAGUACAAACCAACCUUCCUUUGUAUCCAGGAACCUCAUCCUUCAAUGAUUGUAUUCUUGAAAUGUUGCCCCAGAAGUGCUGUAUCAUCAGACUGUUGCGUGCGUGUGAAGCUCCUUUGGUUUAGUCUGGGGGUUGAGACAUUGGGUUUCAGCCUCUCACCCGUUUCUUUCUUGCCCCAACCUCCAUUUCUCCACACUCAGGCUGCUUCCGUGGCUUUGUGUUUGUUUGCUUGGGUAUUUCUUUGGUCUUUUGGAAGUGCUGGGGGUGUGGGAGGUUAGAGCAGCUGCACAGCCCUGGGUUUGGACGAUGCUUUGCUGUAGCAGUGCCUCAACAGCCGCUUCCAACACCCCAGGGAAAAGGUGGCCCUGGGUAGGGCAGAGGGAGGACAAGCAGCAGCCUCGUGGAUCUUAACACUCCUCAAGUGACCGAGUGAGGCAGCAGGGCUUCUCUUUGUGGCCAGGACUGAAAUCCUGUGAGGUUUGUUCUUCCUUUUCACUGCUCCAGGGCUGACACUGGCACCCAGGCCUGCUCCUUCCGUGGAUCUGCAGCCCUGUGGCACC